GUGGGCGGCCAGUAGCAGCGCAGCCCCGCGGAAAUGGAGCAGCGCCGGGGCUGAGCCGGGCGCGCACGGGCGACCCGCAUGUGCUGCGCGGGGAGCAGCUGCCAGGCGGGCAGACAGCGAGCGCCAGAGGCCCCGUCGGAGCCGCCGCGGGCGAGGGAGAGCGCCGGAGAUGGGAGAACAGCCCAUAUUCACCACACGCGCGCACGUCUUCCAGAUUGACCCCACCACCAAGAAGAACUGGGUGCCUGCGAGCAAGCAGGCUGUCACCGUCUCCUACUUCUACGAUGUCAUCAGGAACAGCUAUCGGAUCAUCAGUGUGGAUGGAGCCAAGGUGAUUAUAAACAGCACAAUCACACCCAAUAUGACUUUCACCAAAACGUCGCAGAAGUUCGGGCAGUCCGACAGCAGAGCCAACACGGUGUUGUUUGGGUUUUCGUCGAAGCAGCAGCUGACAAAGUUCGCAGAGAAGUUCCAGGAGGUGAAAGAAGCCGCCAGACUCGCCAGAGACAAGUCGCAGGAGAAAAUCGAGACGUCGAGUAACCAUUCCCAA